GCAAAGGAAGUAAAGAGCAUAGGUAGAGUGAUAACAUGACAUAUGACUCUUUGCGCACAACUUAUUGUUUUCAAAGGUUGUAUGGCGUGGUCAUCAUGGAGUGGCGUCUGCAGAGGGUGCAAUUUUCAGUACAGGAGAAGAGUCGAAUUUAACUGCUCAAGAACUCGGGAAUCACGGCCUUGUAAAUGUCCUCCUGAAAUAAAUUCUCAGCGAGAGAAGUCUGUCAAAUUACAUUCAACACUUCAAAUUCAGUGCUUCGUGAAGGGUUUUCCUAAACCAGAGGUGAACUGGACAAAAGAUGGAAAGUUACGUGAUACCAGGAACAUGCUCACGAUUAAUCGAGUAACUUAUGGCGAUGUUGGUCAAUACAAAUGCAGCGCUGAAAACAGUGAAGGGAAAAGUAAAUCAGCUUUUCAUAUUACAGUCACAG